GCAGAUUUCAUAACAUUGUAUGUUCAGUAUAAGUAACAGCCUGCAGGCGCACAUUGCACACAUUUCCUCUCUGCACAGCCUGAAGCUACAACAUUCUGCAACAUGAAUUGCUUGAUAGGGGUGGUCGUGCUGCUCAUUGCAGUGACUGUAGAUGGAAGAAUUGGAGACUCCACUAGUGAAUCCAGUUACUGCUCCGAGACAAAAGAGUGCUUGCUGUUUGACUUGGUUUGUGCGGGAAGUGAUUAUGAGGUACGUCACUAUGAUGCUGCCAAGUGGGUGACCACAGAAGCUGAAUCUUAUGUCAUGGAAGUUGCGGUUUCAAGAGCAUUCAGGAAACUUUUUAAGUACAUCACCGGAGAAAACGAAGCUGGUGCUAAGAUUGACAUGACUGCACCAGUCACCAUUAAAGUCAACGGGAGCUCGAACAUGUGGCAGUCGUCAGUCUAUGUGCUCAGCUUCCUCCUCCCCUCCAACUACCAGAGCAAACCACCCAGGCCGACUGAUCCAUCUGUAUACUUUACAGACAGUCCAGAUAUGAAUGUGUAUGUCAAAAGCUUCGGCGGCUGGAUGUUUUCAGUCGUGUCCAAAUAUCAGACUCAGAGUCUGAAAACGGCACUGGACAAUGCACAGGCUACAUAUGAGACAGAAUACCACUAUAAUGUGGGCUAUAACAGCCCAAUGAAGAUUAUGAACAGGCACAAUGAAGUGUGGUUUAUUGUGAAGGGUGAGCCUGUGUGUCCUAAGAGUGAAUAACUUCAAGGAUUUGAAAGAGCUACAGAGAACAGCAGUGCAUUACCCUGCGCUACAGUCCUUGAAAACUAACCUUCCUCUUUUUAUACAUUAUAAAAAAAAGGUAUACAGCAUUAACAGGAUUUUAUAGCAUAAAUACUUACAAUUUAAAAGGGUUCACCCAAAAAAAAUGUAUCUACAUAGCAUUUACUAAAACUAAAACCAAAAAAAGGAAGUAGUUCAAAAUCUGAAGAUAUUUAGAAAAAUAUUGGAAUGCCAUUAGGAAAAAAGUACUAAGAAUUCAAUGGAUUUCCAACAUACUUCGAAGUAUCUUAUUUUGUGUUCAACAGAGGAAAAAUUACAGAGUUUUCAUUUUUGGGUGAACUACCCCUUUAGGUCAAAAUAUAAGCUAUUUGUCAAUUAAAAUGUCAAACAUCAAGUGAUGGCAUUCUGUCUGUAAGCAUGUGUUAUAUAUAAAAAAUAAAAACAUA